UUAGGAUCUGAAAACGCUUGUGAAAAGACUUCAUUUAUGUUUCUGCGACAAGAGCUGCCUGUGAGGUUGGCAAACAUAAUGAAGGAAAUCAGCCUUCUUCCAGACAACCUUCUAAGGACACCUUCAGUUCAACUGGUGCAGAGCUGGUAUGUCCAAAGUCUUCAGGAGAUCCUUGACUUUAAGGACAAGAGUUCAGAAGAUUCGGAUGCUAUCCAUAGUUUUACAGAUACCGUGAUAAAAAUCCGGAAUCGACACAAUGAUGUGAUUCCUACUAUGGCUCAGGGAGUGACAGAGUACAAGGAAAGCUUUGGCAUUGAUCCAGUGACCUCUCAAAAUGUGCAGUAUUUUUUAGAUCGUUUUUACAUGAGUCGCAUUUCAAUUCGAAUGCUCCUUAAUCAACAUUCUUUAUUGUUUGGCGGGAAAAGUAAUCCAGCUCAUCCAAAACACAUUGGAAGCAUUGAUCCUAGCUGCAAUGUUGUUGAAGUUAUUAGAGAUGGCUAUGAAAGCGCUAAGAGUCUUUGUGAUCUAUAUUACAUGAGCUCUCCAGAGUUCAUCCUUGAAGAGCUGAAUGCUAAAUCACCAGGACAGCCCAUGCAAGUGGUAUAUGUGCCAUCACAUCUCUAUCACAUGGUUUUUGAACUUUUCAAGAAUGCAAUGAGAGCCACCAUGGAACAUAAUGCUGACCGAUGCAUUUAUCCUCCAAUUCAUGUACAUGUCACAUUGGGAAAUGAGGAUUUAACUGUGAAGAUGAGUGAUCGUGGUGGAGGUGUUCCUAUGAGGAAAAUUGACAGAUUAUUCAACUAUAUGUAUUCAACAGCACCACGUCCCCGUGUUGAGACAUCACGAGCUACACCACUGGCUGGAUUUGGUUAUGGCUUGCCCAUAUCACGUCUGUAUGCACAGUACUUCCAAGGAGACCUGAAACUGUACUCUUUAGAAGGUUACGGUACAGAUGCAGUUAUUUACAUAAAGGCCUUAUCAACAGAAUCUAUUGAGAGACUCCCUGUAUACAACAAAGCAGCUUGGAAACAUUACAAGGCAAACCAUGAAGCAGAUGACUGGUGUGUGCCGAGCAGUGAACCCAAGGACAUGACCACUUUUCGCAGUAUAUAAU